GGAGUCCGAGGUGACGGCGCCGGCUGCAACUAGUGCAGCUGCUUCAGGCUGAGGUGGCAGAUGGUGGUGAGCUCCAGCGGCGGAGGGGAAGUUGGAGCCGAAGGAUAAUGAUGAGUGGCGCGGCAGGACUCUCGCACGUUGACGGUCGCGAACGGGUUCUCAAAUUAGGCGAGAGUUUCGAGAAGCGGCCGCGCUGCGCCUUUCACACUGUGCGCUAUGAUUUCAAACCUGCUUCUAUUGAUACUUCUUGUGAAGGAGACCUUGAAGUCGGCAAAGGUGAACAGGUGACGAUAACUCUGCCAAAUAUAGAAGGUUCAACUCCACCAAUAACUGUUUUCAAAGGUUCAAAGAAACCUUACUUAAGAGAAUGCAUUUUGAUUAUUAAUCAUGAUACUGGAGAAUGUCGACUAGAAAAACUCAGCAGCAACAUCACUGUAAAAAAAACAAGAGUUGAAGGAAGCAGUAAAAUUCAGUAUCGUAGAGAACAGCAGCAACAAAUGUGGAAUUCAACUAGGACUCCGAAUGUUGUAAAACAUUCUCCAUGUGAAGACAAGAUGUUCCCAGCAUCUCCAAUGGAUGAUAUUGAAAGAGAAUUGAAGGCAGAAGCUAGUCUAAUGGACCAGAUGAGUAGUUGUGAUAGUUCAUCAGAUUCUACAAGUUCAUCAUCUUCAAGUAGUGAGGAUAGUUCUAGUGAUUCAGAAAAUGAAGAGUGCAAAUCCUCUCCUUCUGAUGCAGGGAAUUAUAUCUCAGGACAUCCUACCAUGUCUGCCAUGCCACAAUCUAGGAUUCCAGACACAGAUGCCAGUCAUAACAGAUUUCAUGACAACAGUGGCCUUCUGAUGAAUACUUUAAGAAAUGAUUUGCAGCUGAGUGAAUCAGGAAGUGACAGUGAUGACUGAAGAAAUAUUCAGCUAUAAAUAUAAAAUUUAUAUGACAUGUGAUAAAUCAUUUUGUAUUAAGAAUAAAAAUUUCUAAGACUGA